AUGUUCUCGACACAAACCAGAAUGCUCUCGACACAAACCAAGAGAAUCUCCUUGCCCAAAUCUGGAGUCAGCCUUUUCUGGCGAGAAAAUGGCCCGGAAUAUCCUUGCAAGACAAUCCUUCUCCUCCACGGCUUCCCGUCUUCGUCCCACCAGUACCGCCACCUGAUUCCUCUCUUGGCAACCAGAUACCGCGUCAUCGCACCAGAUAUGCCAGGCUUUGGCUUCACUGAGACACCUGACGAUUUCACAUAUACCUUUGACUCUCUGGCAGACGUCGUUGAAGAAUUUCUUGCGACGCUCUCCAUCGAUAAAUACUCGGUCUACGUUUUCGAUUACGGUGCCCCUGUAGGGCUACGCUUAGCGCUCCGCCACCCUGACGCCAUCGAAGCCAUCAUUACUCAGAACGGAAACGCCUAUGUCCAAGGCUUCGGCGACGUCUGGGCCCCUAUCAAGGAAUUUUGGGCUAGUGACAACACUGCAGAUGACCGAAGCAAAAUCGCCGACAGCAUGCUCAACUUUGACAUUACCAAGUUCCAAUACGUCAACGGCACGCCAGACGUGGAUGCCAUUGCGCCCGAGUCCUACACACUAGACUACGCCCUGCUGCAGCGGCCUGGUCGCCGAGAGGCUCAGCUGGAUCUGUUCAGAGACUACCAAAACAACAUUUCCCUGUAUGAAAAAUUCCAGGCCUACUUUAGGUCAUCGCAAAUACCUUUACUCGCCAUCUGGGGCAAAAACGACGUUUUUUUCAUCCCGGCUGGAGCGGAAGCGUUCAAAAAGGAUCUGCCCAACGCGGUCAUCAAGCUCCUCGAUGCGGGGCAUUUUGCCGUAGAGAGCCACGUUUCGUUGAUAAAGGAAGAAAUAUUUCAAUUUUUGGGCGAUGAACCGGAUAUAGAAAUCUCUUAUAUGUAG